GGCAGGCAAAACAUCCAUUAUCUUGUGAUCUAUUAUGGAACAAAGUUCUCUGGCAAAGCAGAGUAAAACUAAAAGCUCUCCUAAUGAUCAUCAGGUCCUAGAAAUGGAGAUAGCUGUAAAAUUGUCAGAGAGUUCCAUUUGGAACCCUGAGUGAUACAAUGUAUCAGAAGCCCCUGUUCUGCUGCCUGAUGUAGAUCUGUCUUCACACUUUCUUCAUCAUCCGUGUUCAUCUGGGGCAUCAGCACCAUAAACCAUUAACUCUGGCUUUCCUUUCAUCUUGAAGGUGGCGAGGUUGCUAUUUAUCCCCUAGCAAUCAAUGAGUGGCGUCACCAGUGUACUGUAAUGACGAUUGCACCAUUAAGGAUGACAGUUUAGAAAGAAGAGGGCAAUGGUGAUCCCUCCCAGAGCCAGUCCAGCUCUGAGCACUGAAUGCAUCGCAGGAUCACCCUGUAUCUCCACACUGCUCAUCUGCCUGUCUCAGCCCCCUGCACUGGGUCCUUUGCUGGCUUCUUCACUCACACACAAUGGAGACCAGGAAGGAGAUGGUCAUGUUCCUGGAGGGAGGUCAGCUUGGCACUCUAGUUGGCAAGAGGCUGUCUAAUUUGUCGGACACAGUAGGAAGCCCCAUUCAGGAGCCGCAGGACAAGAUGAUUUCUAGAAACUGCCUGAGCCCCAGGUCUGUUCCUCUGACACCCCGGGAGAGGGUCCAGGAGGAGGGGGACAUGGCAGCAGGGCCGGACAGCAGGAUCUCGCCCACUCACCCAGCUCCUCACUCAGACUCCCUGUCUGCCAAGGGGCAGCACAGCAGCUCGGACACCGAGUCGGAUUUUUACGAGGAAAUUGAAGUCAGCUGCACCCCGGACUGCACCCCAGGCGGCCCCGACUACCAGCACAGCAAAGGUACCAGGCAGCCCCCUACUCCCCCGGGCAUGGCAUGCUACCCAGCUCACAGCGCGCUCUGCCAGCAUGUCACCCUGCACUCACUGCCAGCACACUACCCUCCACUCACUGCCAGCAUGCCAUCCUGCACUCACUGCCAGUGUUCUACCCUGCACUCACUGCGAGCAUGCCACACUGCACUCACUGCCAGCACACUACCCUGCACUCACUGACAGCAUGCCAUCCUGCACUCACUGCCAGUAUUCCAUCCUGCACUCACUGCCAGCACACUACUCUCCACUCACUGCCAGCAUGCCAUCCUGCACUCACUGAUAGUAUUCUACCCUGCACUCACUGCCAGCAUGCCAUCCUGCACUCACUGCCAGUAUUCCACCCUGCACUCACUGCCAGUAUUCUACUCUGCACUCACUGCCACUAUUCCACCCUGCACUCACUGCCAGUAUUCUACCCUGCACUCGCUGCCAGUAUUCCACCCUUCACUCGCUGGCAGCAUGCCACCCUGCACUCACUGCCAGUAUGCCACCAUGCAGUCACUGCCAGUAUGCCACCCUGCACUCGCAGUUACUAUGCCAAUCUGCACUCACUGCGAUCAUGACACCCUGUACUCAUCGUAACCAUGCCACCCUGCAAUUAUAGUUACCUUGGCACUCAUCCCUCAAUGCCAGCUUGUCACCUAGCUUCCAUCUCACUCACUCUGUUCAGCAAACAUCACUAUCAGAGCUUAGUGCCCACAUCGCCUUAUUAACUAAACAAUAUGGGGAGAUCUGCUUUUGUUUAUUAACAAUAUGGGGAGAUCUGCUUUUGUUUAUUAACAAUAUGGGGAGAUCUGCUUUUGUUUAUUAAACAAUAUGGGGAGAUCUGCUUUUAUUUACUAAAAAUAAGGAUAGUUGUUUUAUUUAAUGAACAAUGUGGAUACAUCUUUCAUUUAAUAAACAAUAUGGAUGCAUCAACUUUUAUUUGCUAAACGAUAAAAGGAGAUCUCCUUUUGUGUACUAUUUAAAACAUAUUAUUGAAAAUGGUUUAUUUGUUAAGCGAGAUUACAUUUCUCUUUUGAUACAAUAAAUAAUAUAGGAAGGCUGAGACACAGCAAUGGUUAGAUAAUGCCAAUGUAUUAUAUAAUUUAACACAUUUUAACAUUUUAAUAUUGAGAUAUCUCAGUGAUCAGCUCAUUUAGUUUACUAAACUAUAACAAGGUCUUAAUGAAUGAAUGGUGAGUUUAAUGAAUGCACAGACCAUUUAUUUAAUGAGUAAUACGUGAAUAUUUCAUUGUGUAGAUUACUGUAUAUAAAGAACAAAACGUGAAGGUCUCCGGAUUGUUUUAUUUACUAAACAAUAUUUGUGCAUUCAUUAGAUGAUGUUCCUGAAUACAAAACCUAAUAUCAAUUGACAACAGAACAGUACAGACAAUUGGAAAUAUGUUUGUGUGCAUGUUUUGAUGGUUAGCCUGUUAAAUUAUUAUUAUUUGUAUAUAUAAUAAUUCAGAUCACUAUUUGGAGAUGCUUUUAUUGCACACAUAGUCCUAGUAUUAGUAUCUGUAAAAUGAAACUCCCCUUUCUGGGACUCAGUUAAACCUCUGUCUUUGUACAUUGCUAUAUGAAUGAGUCUACCUUUCUCUCCCCUGUGAUCAGCACAGUAGGGAGGUUGACACCUUUCCCCUUUGCUCAAGAUCAAAGAUUUUGUUGAGGAAGCAGGACUCAGAUAGCGCCUGGAUGACCAUAAAACAAUGGCUAGGGGACUGGAGGCUCCUGCUAGCCUAGGUGCGGCCAGGGAGCUCCUUUGCAUGUUGGUUGUAGGUCCAAAUGAUCUUCUCACUUUUCUACAUCCCUGGCGCCAGCUAGGAAAUUGUAUCUGUAAAAAAAAGUCCUUUGGUGUCCCUCACAAAGAGCCCUGGUUGAAUAUGAAUGGAUACAAGCUAUAGAAUCUUAUAGUAACCCGCCUUUGGGCCCCUUGUCUUUGCAUUUGAGAUGUUUCUGGUUCAGAGUCAGGUUGGACACAUUAGUAGAACAUUAGACAACUGUCCUUUGCAAGGACCAAGCUCAGACCACAGGACACAGCCAUGCCAGACCUCCAUUUCGGUAGGACCUGCCAGGAUUCUUUAGAUCUGCUCAUUCAGGUGUUUUUUUUAAUUUAUAAAAACACUUUUUAAUACAAUAUCUACUGGUCAAGUUCUGUAGACAAACUAUUUUUGCACAUCUAUUUAUUUAUUUUACUUAAUUAUUGCAAUGAUAUAUAUACUUGGAGCAAUAGAAAAACAAUAUAGUCUAACUGCUGUUCUCCCAUAUUCUAUAAUUUAUUGCAAUAUGAGUGAAGAUUAGUGUGACCCUGGGGUAGGAAUUAUAUAGUUCCUUAUAUCUCUGCUGGCCUGUUUCAGGUUAGGUGCCCUCAGAGUUCUAAGAUUUAUUUUGUUAUUACUUGGACCUCAGUACAAAGCUACAUCCCUGACAGUGCUGGUAGUAACUCAUUGAAGGUCAACUGAUUGUUCUCAUAGUCUUGACCGUUUAUGAGAGGUCAUCCCAUUUGCAAAAGAGGCAAGCAACGUGACAAAAACUGCAAUUAGGAAGAUUAACUUAAAUGGAGAAUUUCAACCACAUAGGAAAUGUAAAUUAACUAGCUUAAAUUGCUGUAUAACGUUGCAUUUUUUUCAGAUUAUUAUAUAUUUAGCCAUUUUUCCUAUAAAUUAAAGACAUGGUAUGACAAGGUAUAUAUUGAAGAUACUUGAGAUAUUAUAUGAAAUACAAUCCAGUUUCCAGUUUACGGUAAUGGACAAAACUCGUUAAAUAUGGCUCCCAUAGAGGUUUUAGCCUUCAGAAAAGGAGACAUAAAUAUGUUUUGGUGUAAAUUUUAAUCCCAAUAUCCAUUAUGUGCAUUUUGAAUUCAUUUAAUACACUAAGUCAUAUGCAUUAAGCAGAAUUAUGGGGCAACGUUCUAAAGUGGAACAAUCAGCAGGAACGUUCUAUUAGUUUCCAUGGCGACGGUUUUGCUUUUAGAACCUUGGAUACAAUUUCUCUUUAUCCAUAUAACCCAUUAUGGUUUCAUGAAGGUUUUUAAGAAUGUCUAUUAUUUGUGUGGUUUGUUAUAUUUCAUGUUCUCCACUCACCCACCCUGUACUGAUCUAAUGCUAGUACUUGACUCUUAUAUACACAGGUCACUGCCCUGAGGUUAUGAGCAGCAGCCCUGUGAAUGAAAGCGAUUUAUCAAAAGGAAGCGGUGCAUCCCAGAGCUCCAUGUCCUGUGCUGGGGACCAGAUGCGCAGGUACAGAACAGCCUUCACCAGGGAGCAGAUAGCAAGGCUGGAAAAAGAAUUCUAUCGGGAAAAUUAUGUAUCAAGGCCGAGAAGGUGUGAACUGGCUGCAGCCCUCAACCUACCAGAGACCACCAUCAAGGUAGGUACCUGUCAAAGUGCCAAAAGGCUGCUUAGAUUUUUAGUCUUUUAUUUUUAGCACAAACGGGCUAACAGGCUUCUGAACCACACAUAAUGGAUUUCCCCCCCAACCAAACUAGGAUGUGUAGUGAAAUAACCCAAGAAAUGCAAAUUGUAGGAAAAAUGUGAGAAAAUUCGCCCAUUCAUUUAUUUCUCCACUUCUAAUAUUUUGGCCUCAAAUCUGCGAUUCCCUUGUAAAAAAUGUGCAAUUGGCAGUUUAGUGAAUACAGCUCACAGUGUGGUGUUUGGGGGAGGUGUAUGGGUAAUCGGUUUAGGGAUUAGUAGCACAGUUAGAUGGGUUUGAAGACACUAUAAGCCAUGGUCUGUCUUGGAAACAGGGGCCAUCCCAGACAGAGGUCUCCUAUAGAGUGUCAGGUUUAAUGCUUGCUGAUGAAAGCCAGACUGCUGGUAGAAACGUUAAUUUAUGUUAACUAUAAGUGAUUGUUUUUACUUACCCCAUGCUUUGAAGUUGUCUCCUAAUGCAUGGAAUGGACUGAGUUAGAACUGAGAGAGAAAACAAUUAAUUUUCUCUGUUUAAUUUUUUUUGAUGUCUUUGUCUAAUCAUUUGAAGUUCUAGACCCAUUUCCUAACCUAGCUCUUAUUCUUGUUCUGCAAGGUAUGGUUCCAGAACAGGAGGAUGAAGGACAAGAGACAGCGCCUGGCCAUGACUUGGCCUCAUCCAGCUGACCCUGCAUUCUAUACCUACAUGAUGAGCCACGCAGCUGCCACUGGCAACUUACCUUACCCUUUCCCAUCUCACCUACCUCUUCCUUACUACUCUCACAUGGGAAUUGGCACAACUUCAGCCUCAUCAGGCACCCCCUUCAGCUCACCUCUAAGACCACUGGACACUUUCAGAGUCCUCUCCCAUCCCUACCCCAGGCCAGAACUUCUGUGUGCAUUCAGACACCCCUCUCUGUAUGCCUCCCCUGCCCAUGGACUUGCUGCUGGAGGGAACCCCUGCUCCUGCUUGGCAUGCCACACUAGCUCUGCCAAUGGAUUGGCACAGAGACCUUCAGCUUCUGACUUUAACUGCUCUUCCACAUCUAGAUCAGACUCCUUCAUCACCUUCACUCCCUCAGUCUUGAGUAAGGCCUCCACGGUUUCGCUAGACCAGAGAGAAGAGGUCCCACUGACCAGAUAAAAAACACAAUUCUUCUCCUACAUGCGUCAGUUUCGCAAUCGUAUAACUGAUUUACCAUGUUGAUGUCUUAAUCCAGUAUGCCAGUUUUUGAUGAAUGGUGGCAUUGAAAUGUACCAGGCCAUAAGUUAUAUCUUCACCAGAGCAGCCAACAAAGUUAUGGAAGCAGUGAAUGGAAUGUCUAGGAUACUACAACACAAAUAGGACUACUUUUUAAAAAGGGAUUCUUUUUUAGAGCAAAC